CGAGAAAGUUGCGUGUAACGUUAAAUCAACCAAGCAACAUUAUAUUGUCCAUGAAAGAGGCUAAGCGGAAACCUUAAAUGAAAUCACAAGUGUUGUGCUCCGUAAAAGAAUAGCAAAAACCAAGAGAGCGAGGAAAAAUGAUGAACAUGAAUCCACUGUCACAUCCCCAUCCUCAGUCACUGUCUCUGUCACAUCCACAUCUAAGCCAGCACCAGCAGCAGCACCAGCAGCAGCUUCAGACCCAGCCACUGCAUCACAGCCAACCAAACCAUUACGCCGAGUCGCAGUCCCAGUCCCAGUUGCGGGCAUUACCAGCAAUCAACGAGACAUUUCCGCAAUUUAGCCAACAUCGUCCGGCAACUUCGUUGCUCUCCCCGCUGGAUCUGUCGCUGCGUGCAGCGGCCAGCAUUGUGCCAAUUACGCCGCCAUCGACGCCCUCGCCACCCCGCAAGCGCCAGAGAUUAAUGUCCGAGGAGAAUUACCUGUGGCGGCCGCACAUGGUGAACACACCAGCCCCAGUUCCAGUCCCAAUACCAAUACCAGUUCCAGCCACGGCUCUGCCUGCAACAGCAACAGCUUCUCAUGCUCUGCACGGGCUGCAGCCAGCCACGAGCUACUUUCAUCAUCUUCACCAUCAUCAGCAGCAUCAGCAGCAGCAGCCUCAUCAGGGGGGAAACUGCUAUGGCAUGCGCGGCUUUGAGGGGGCGUCGUCGUCCUUUAAUAAAAGUCAUUUUCACGAGACGACGAAAAAUAACUUUGAGCAAAUUCCGGCAAGUCAAUCGAGCGUGAGUCGCCCCAUUGCCGUUGCCAGCUCGCCCAUCUACGUGGACGAUGAGGACGAGACGACCAUCGUGUUGACCGAGGACGAGGAUGAAACAGUUGUCAGUUCCCAUGACUACAAUGAGGAGGCCACGGACACGGAGGAAGUCAACGACGCUGAUGACGAGACGGUCCAGGUUCAAGUCAGCGACGAGACCCAAGAAGUUCAGAUUGAUGCUGGUGCUGGUGGUGGUGAUGGUGUGGUGACUGACGAUGAUGAUGAUGAGGAGGUCUUCGUCGAUGUGCUGGGCAGUGACGAUGAUGAGACUGUGGACCUGCAGAGCCCCGCUUUGCGGCUGCAGGCCGAACUUCUCGACCCCAAGGCCCUGAAACGCAACGAACUGCUGUACGAGGACGAGGAGUUGCACAAUCAAGCCGUGGACGGCUUGGCGCGAUUGUUUGAAAGGGAUUUUCCACAGCCAGAGGUGGAGGCGGCCGGAGAGGAGCUGGCCGCUGCCAGGGAAGAGCUCCGCAACGAGAAAACCUACACGGAUCUGAGUUGUGUGGGCGCUGGGGCCGAGCAUCCUGGUGGUCCUCCAUUUCAGCCGCCGCAACUGAUUGCUUCGUUCCCUGCGCCGCCGCCGCCUCCCCUGCCAGCAGCAGCAGCAGCAGCUCCCCCAAUGCGGCCACACAAGGCCGAACGGAAGAGGGCCAAGCUACGCAAGCACACGGCCAUUGAUGAGGAGACCAUAAGUCCCGUGUCCGGCACCAUCAUACGCAAGCUGCGCGACGAUGAGGAGCUGGUCGUGCGCAAAGGUGACAUUGAUCCGGCUUUCAAUGUGGUGGAAAUCACCGAGGAGGCCAAGGCCAUACUGGCCAGCAUCGAUAAUAAGAUUGGCGACUACUUGUGCCAGCUUUGUCGCACCGUCUACGACGACGCCUUCAUGCUGGCCCAGCACCGCUGUCCCCGCAUCGUUCACAUCGAGUACAAGUGCUCCGAGUGCGAGAAGGUCUUCAAUUGCCCGGCCAACUUGGCCUCCCACCGGCGCUGGCACAAGCCCAAAGCGGAGGCGGCUGCUGGAGCGGUCAAUCCCAGCAAGAAGCGGCUGGCUAGCCUCGGCGAGUCUACCGACAUCAAUCAGGAGUCGGGCAGAGCCAACGAUGAGGCUAGCGAUGGCAUAUAUCCGUGUCAUCUAUGCGGCAAGACCUUCCGUCGCCAUGCCUACCUAAAGAAACAUCAGGCUUCCCACCAGAUGCUGGAGAAUCUCAAGAACCUGGACUUCUUCAAGGCCCAACAGCAGCAGCAGCAGCACCAGCACCAGCAUCAACAUGCCCUGCCAGAGCAUCCACAACUACAACAGUCGUCGGCGCACGGCCCAGCCACUGCCACAGCCUAUGGUGCAUUGCCACGCCCACCGCAUGGAAUACCCCUUUAUCCCCCGGCAGCAGCAGCGGCAGCAAAGAGUUAUGUGGGUGGACAGCGGUUUCCCGGCUUUCCCUUCCAGCCCUUCGAUCAGCGGCGCUUCUACUCGCUGGGCGAGUUCUAUUUGUCGCAGCACUUGGAGCGCUCCUCGGCCUUUCAGUACGUCCAGGCGAAUCAUCUGAGGCAGCUGUCGAAUGUGGCCCAAAAUCUGCUGCCACCGCUGCCCGUCAAAUGACCCAACACCAGCACGAACGUACUGCGGCCCGUGCCGCGUAUAGCAGCCACCACCACAGCAGGCCCGACGGUGACGGCUACGCUGACGAGGCAGAGCCAGGUGGAGAUAGCAGCGGCAGCGGCGGCGCCAGCGGCUGGGCAUGCCUUCAAUUGGGUGGCACCAUCAACGACAGCGACGGGCGUCGUGCCGGUCAUAGAGUCCGGCGGCAACGUUAUUAUGUGACUUACAAACCAUUAGAAGCAUUCAA